CUGUAGGUGUGACGGCUCCAAGCGACUCCCAGCGAUCUCCUACCAUGUCUUGAUACAGAGUUCUGUAUUUUUAGACGUGUUACAUAUCCUGGAAUGAUUUGAGGGAACAAUUUGACAACAAUUAGAUGCCUGGGAUCAUGUUAAAGGGAAUAAAAGAGAUGCUGUCGCCGACAACGAAGAUGGAUGCAGACACGUGUGAUGGCAGCAGCGACGAUAGUGACAACAAUGAUUGUCCUCAGCGUGACGGUACAGAAGAGGCAUGCCCGCCUCCAGUAGACCAGGAUAGUAAGGUAACAACGUCAAAGAAGAUGGAUGCAGACACGUGUGAUGGCAGCACCGACGACAUUAACAACAAUGAUUGUCCUCAGCGUGACGGUACGGAAGAGGCAUGCACGCCUCCAGUAGACCAGCACAGUAAGGUAACAACGUCAAAGAAGAUGGAUGCACACACGUGUGAUGGCAGCACCGACGACACUGACAACAAUGAUUGUCCCCAGCGUGACGGUACGGAAGAGGCAUGCACGCCUCCAGUAGACCAGCAGAAUGUUCCCUUGCAAUUUGAUGUGAAAGGGGCAGUAAAUAGCGAUGUGAAAAAUAACUACGCUAUCGGGCAACUGCACUUGCACAAAGAAGAAGUGCGGAAAGACGUCACAAUGGAUUAUGUUCCAGGUGCAGAGCCAAAAAUAGACAUUUCAGUUCCAGCUAAAGAAGGUGAAACGAUAGUGCAUGUUGAAUGUACCAAGAACGAGCUGUCUUCCUGUUGCUAUGGACACUAUGAUGGACGGGAACGGCCUUUUAGGUCCAAAUGGACUUUUGAGAAUGUUCCACACGGACUGAUUAAAUUCAUUAUGAAGGAGUGCCCUACUUUCUUCGAGCUCAUUGAUAAAUUGGAGAAACGGCAUCGCAGUAAAUGCGAGAAGAUACACAACAAGUCAUGUCUAGUUGUGGAAUUUCUACAUGAUACUGAGGAAGACAGAGACAGAAUGAUGCAAGAUAAAGAAAAUGUGAAGACGAUGUUCAUGGAGUUCUUGCAUGGUAUAGGGAAGGAUGCUCCUAACUGCAGUUUAAACGUUUGCAGUGAGCCGGCAGCUGUGAACAUCCGUGAUGAAGAUGUGAAAGAAAUUAUUGGUGCAAAUCCAAGAGACACAAAAUUUACAAAUACAUCAGAUUCGGAUUCAGAUUCAUUUGUUGAUGCAACAGACGAAAUUGUAGAAGACACAGAACAAGCUGCCAAUCUGCCUUCAACGUCUCAGACUGAAGAUGCGAAAGAAAGGAUUGGUCUCAAUCCAGAGGGCACGCCACCCAUAAUAACAUCAGCUUCCGAUUCAGAAUCAAGUUUGGUGUUAUCUCCAAUAUCCUCAGACACAAAAAGAACUCAUGCACAAACGGAAGUGUUGGUCGAAGAACCUUCCAGUUUCCUAAUUGGAGGUAGCAAGUUUGACUCUGGUAAGUACUACAUUGUAGACACAUGA